AUGCAGCCCCCUUGCUGCUGCCUCUUCCUCCUCCUUCUGAACCUCUUCCUCCUUCCUGAGACAUGGGCAAACCUGGAGGAGACCUUCACUGUCCGGCUGCUCCAGACUACCACCUUCCAAAACACCUCCUUCGUGUACACGGAGGGGCUGGGCCUUCUGCAAGACAUCGAGCUCGGUUCUCUUGAUAAGCACACAUGGUCCAUCCACUUCUACCAGCCCUGGGUGCGCCCAGCCCUGCCCCGCAGUGACUGGGACACCAUUGAUAACCUGCUCAAGAUCUAUUUGCAGCAGUUCAGCAACAUGAUCAAUGAAGGGGCCAUGCAGAGGGAUGUUCCCUACCCCUUUGUGGCCCAAUGCAUGGCAGGCUGUGAGCUCUACCCCAACAGGACCUCCCGGGCCUUUGCCUAUGUGGGUUACAAUGGACAGGACUUCCUCAGCUUCAACACAGACAAUGUCAGCUGGACCCUAUCCCAGGACACCGACCUGGCACGGUACGUCCAGGCUGUUCUCCAGAACUUCACCACCUUCAGUGAGCUGGUGGAAAUCAUCUUCAAUGAUACCUGUGUUGAAGACAUGGAGGUGUUACUGAACUACGGGAGAGCAGCUCUGGAGAGACAAG